CGCAGCCCGGUUCGGGACCGGCGGAGGCGGGGGAACCGGCCGGCUCCAAACCCGCCCCCCGCCGCGGGGAGGAGGCGGUGGCCGAGCCCCCCCGCGCCGCGCUCCAGCUGCGCCGUGCCGAGUCCCGCCGUGCCAGACCCCGCCGUGCCGACCCCCGCCGUGCCGGACCCCCGCCGCUCCGCCUCUCGCCCAUGGCGGCCCCCGGCCCCACGCGUGUCCCGGCCCCGCCACGGAGCCGUCGCUGAGCGCUGCGCACCGGCCCGGCGUCCAGAGUUUCAAUGUUCUGACUUGCUCUAAGAUGAAGGUAUGGAAGUUUGCAGCCAUUGCAUCGAUGCUCCUCAGUUCCAUGUUAUCCAUUUUAGUUUGUAGAGACAUGUUCAACGGAAGCCGGAAAUACAGCCCCUUGCCUUCCUCGCCGUCUUCCUCACGGGCAUCCUCCUCUUCCUCCUCCUCCUCCUCCUCUUCCUCCUCGCUGCCGGCGGCUCCGCGGAGAUCCCCACGAGCCCUGCAACGCCACAGCUCGCUGCUCGCCCAGUACAGCAGCUUGUUGGAGAGCUACACGGAGGGGGAGAUCCGGCAGCUGAUCUCGGCGCUGGUGGAGCGCUACAGCCAGGCCAUGAACUCGGGCGGGCACGAGCUGCCGCUCUUCCCCCGGGCGGGCAGCCGCAGGAAGCGCGCCCGCGCUCGCCACAAACCCUGCGCCCUGAAGGAGCUGGAGGUGAGCGUCAGCGAGCUGGGCCUGGGCUACGAGUCGGACGAGACGGUGCUUUUCCGCUACUGCAGCGGCACCUGCGAGGCGGCCGUCCGCAGCUACGACCUCUCGCUGAAGAGCAUGAGGAGCAGGAGGAGGAUCAAGAAGGAGAAGGUCCGGGCUCGACCCUGCUGCCGGCCACUGGCCUACGACGACGACGUCUCCUUCCUGGACGCCUACAACCGCUACUACACCGUCAACGAGCUCUCGGCCAAGGAGUGCGGCUGCGUGUGAAGGGCCGGGGCGUCCCUGGGAGGAGCCGUCAGGAGAGGCGAUGCCCCGGCCCCAAAACCCCGCUGGCCACCGGGCAGAGGGACAGGGGGCUGCGGCAGGGGGCGAGGGACGAACCCCAGACCUCUGGCUGGAGGAGGAGAGACUGAGCUGCUCGCGCGUCCCUCAGCGUCACCGUCCCGCUCGCUGCACAGGACUAGAGACGUGGCUGUCGGCGCUGGCGGAGGCUGCGGUCGUUGGAGCGGUGACAGCUGCUUGCGGCUGUUGUCCCUGUCACCCCUCUGGCAGGGUGACAGUGGGUGCGCGACAUGACAGGGUGUGUUGUACACUCGGGGUGCGUUAUGUGUGACACCUAAUGGUCGCGGGUACCGGCAGAGGGGGUGUUGCAAAGCGGGUGUCCCCUGCGCAGGGUGUCCCCUGAGCUCGCAGCAGAGGUGACGGGUGCGCUGCCCGCCCCGGGCGUUGCAUGCUCGGUGUGUCGCACGGGAGGAGUGUUGUUGUCCAGGGGGUGUUGUGGAUGGGUGUGCUGCACACACGGGGUGUGUUGCAGGGUGCGUUACAUGCGCGGGGUGCGUUAGUCAGUUGGGGGUGCCCCGUGCCACCCCAGGACGGGGGCUGAGCCCCGUGGGCUGUAGCUGCCUUGUGCGGGGGUUUCCCAGGGUUUGUGACCACCGUCCUGGGGUCCCUGCGCUGCUGGGGGCAAUUCAGUGCCCCAGAUCCCCGUGUUUGGGAGCAGCGAUGCGCCGAUAGUGGUUUGGGCUUGGGGGAAAGGCUCUGGCUCCGCUCCCCGUGUCCGCUCGUGCCCCCUUUGCCGUCGCCUCGCUCCCCGCGGCCCCUGGCUUUGCUUCUUAAAACUCGCGAUAAUCUGAAGUAACUGGAUUAACCUCCCGUCCCCUCCUGUGGGCAGCUGGGCUGGAGACCUGCCACCUCCAGGGAGGUGACAGAGCCUCACGAGGCCACCAGCGAAGCCACGGAGCUCGCCACCCUCCGCCGGCUUCGCAGCCCGGGCAGGAGCAUCCGCAGUUCGGCAUCUCCCAAAAGCUGGAUCCACUCUCCCGGCCGCGGCACGGGAGCAGUGCCCAUCGCCUCGGCGGGGCCUGAAUUGUGCGGGAGAGGGGACUCGGGCCUGGGGUUUGGCUGCGGUUCGCAUUUACAGCAGUGUCACUCUUGUUUACUCUGCGGAGAAAUAAAUGAGACCGCAGACUUUUGCAUUCUCUGGGCAGGCUAUAUUUGUUGCCUGGGAUUGAUGGGUUUUCUCCCCUUGGCCCUCUUCCCAGAAAAAGCAAAUCAUAAACAGAAGGAGAAUAUUGGUGUCAUGUCCUGGGCAUUAACCAACGCGAGGGAAAAAAAAAAAAAACGCUCUUCUUGCCGCCCCCCCCCAGUCGCGAUGGCAUCCCAGCUCCUCCAUCCAGCUGAACGGGGGGAACAAAUCCAGUGCGUCUCCAUCCCGGCGCAGUAGCGAUGUGGAGGUGAGCGCAGCAGCCGAGGGAUGCUGCUGCAGGAUUUCGGGGGAGCAGGUCAGCAUCCCCCGGGACGGGACGGCUCGGUUUGGGAUGGGAGACAGCUCUCCCCACCCCGGCAUCUCCCGCGGGCGACCAGCAGCGCUCCCGACCUCUGCAAAGGGCCGGGCUGGUGGGGUAUUUUUUUUUUCUUGCUUUUCAUCCAAACACCGCUCUUGGCUGAGCGGAGCCAGGAUGUAGCGAAGCAACAUAAACACCAUCCUUCAGCGGGGCUGGCCGCGCACCCGGCGUCCUUGGGGAAGCAGCCUGCACUCUGUAACACCGCGUUUUCCCCUCGCUGUUGGGAAAGGGAAAAGGCAGCCACGGCCGCAGGGUGCAAACCCCGUCUGUGGGGCAUCGCGCGCACCGGCGACCCGGCAAGGGUGGACGAACCUGCACCCCGGGGAUGCAAACGCUGCUGAGACCAGACAAACUCGAGCCAGGUUGCAGGUGCGCGGAGCUCCCAAAACAGCCCUGCGAGGUGCUGCAGCACCGGGAGGGAGAGUUUGCGCCACGGGGUUUGGAUGGAAAUUGGAAAAAUGGCCCAAAAUAAGCAGCCGGGGAUGGGCAGAGGGAGCAGGACGGGGAGAGCAGAUGGGCGGCCACGGCGUGAUCCGCGCCGGGCUCACGGCAGAUCAGCGGCUCGCUCUCCACUUCAAAAAAAAAAAAAAAAGCACCCAAAUCUAAUAAUAAUAACUGCACUCUCAAGGGCUUGGGUGCUUUCCAGUUCUCACUACUAUAAAACUAAAAUUAGUUUUGUUGCAGAAGCCUCCAGUAAAAAAAAAACAAACCCAGGAACUAGAGCAAUAAAGGAAGGUAAGGUGUCGCGGAAGCAGCGCAGGAGCAGGCACCGCGGCAGCAGCAGGAUUUGCAGCCGGGUUUCCCGGAGUUGCCUCCGCUUGUGUCCCCCUGAGCCCGGGGGAGAUGUCGGGGCUGUGGCGUUGCCCCAAGUAGCUGUUUCCACCCUGGUUUGGGAAAGUUUUUUCUGCAAGAACUGAGGAUUUCGAGCGCCGUGAUUUGCAGGGACCCAGCGGAGCGUGGGAGCGGCUGACGGCUCUCCCGGCCCAAGGC